GGCUCGCUGACUACUACUUAAACGUGUUCUUUGUCACCAUCAAAGUCCAACAACUACCUUUCAAACAUCAUCCUAACACUGAAUCCAUCAACCAUCAACAUGCAAACCCUCCUCCUCCACGCCCACGCCACAGGGCCCAACCCCAUCAAGAUCGCCAUCGCCCUCGAAGCCCUGCAUCUCCCCUACACCGUCCAACAGUGGGAAUUCGGCGAUAACCCCCAAAACGGCGUCAAGGGCGAGGCUUUCCUGCGCAUCAACGAGAACGGCCGUGUGCCCGCGCUGGAAGACCCCAACACCGGCGUGGUGUCCUGGGAAUCCGGCGCUUGCAUGAACUACAUCCGGCGUGUGUAUGACAAGGACAACCUUCUGGGCCCAGUGGGGGAUUCAGAGCAGGAUCGGGUGGAUUUUGAAAAGUGGGAGUACUUUUUGCUUUCGACUCUGGGGCCGAUGACGGGGCAGACGAAUUGGUUUCGUCACUAUAACCCAUCGCGGAAUGAAGAUGCCCUACAGCGAUAUUCAGCACAAACAGAGCGCUGCUACGAGGUCCUUGAAGGACAGCUCAAAAAGUCGGGCGGGCAUAGCAUCUUACCGGGGCGUAUCACUGCGGUGGACUAUCAUUUUGAGCCCUGGGUGCGACAGUUUAGAUUUGCUGGCCUGUCACUAGACAAAUAUCCUCAUAUCAGCCAGUGGUUGCGCGAGUUGACUGAACGAGAGGAAGUCCAGAAGGCAUAUAGAAAAGUCAAAGGCGCUGCCCCGGAAUUUCCCUGAGACAGUGUUGAGCAUAUCAGAUCGGGGUCGUCAGAGUGGAUGAAAUCUGAUGGGGGAAUGGGGUGCUUCCUAAGCAUUUAAUACCUUGAUAGGAGAGGAUGAAGGCUUGGUGUUGGAGAUAGAUAUAGGUCUGAGAUUCUGAACGAAUUGAAAAAGGGGAUCGACAGUGAUCAUUGUCUAUGACUAAAUUGCUUCUUUGAUUGAAAUUAAAAUAGUUGAUUAAUGAUAAUAUUUGUCUGUUU